AUGACUUUACUGCCUCCGACCCUCGCUCAGUCCACCUUGGGCGAGAAGUGCGCAGUCUACAUAGAACAUAUCACCGACAUCCUCCCCGUUCACUUACAUUCCCUCCGCCAUCAACUGAAUCCUGUUCUCGCCUAUCUGUCCAACACGUCCCUCGGUCCUAUCGCGAAAAAGUUGCCAUUUUCCCCCGACAAUCAACCUCUCGCCCUCUUCGCAGCUGUUGCUAUCUCUCUGUUCACCAUUACUGUGAUGAGUUGGCGCAACCCCUUAAGAAUGCUACGGCGCUCGCCGAGCUACGCUCCCGCAUCCAACCCGCAGGUCAGCGAUGAGGACUUUAGCUACAUCUCACCCGCAGACGUCGCGGACCCUUCAGUAGACGACGCCGAACCGGAUAUUAUUGCCCUCCGCCACCGCGGCACCAUCUACCCAUUGCACUUCCGUGCAUAUGCGAUCGACGACGGUGUCUUGACCAUCGGAGACCUACGAGACGCUGCUGCUAAGAGCACAGGAGCCGGUCACCCGGACUGUGUGAGACUCCUGUACAAGGGCAAGCUACUCAAGAACAAUGCGCGGACAUGCAAAGCUGAGGGGAUCAAGCAGCACUCCGAGGUGCUAUGCGUGGUGUCUGAAACAGGAGCGGGAUCCCCGAGUGAUGGCUCCGACGACGGACAAACCAUUCCUGUAACUGUGCAUGCGCCGACACCGCCGCCGCUGCCCCGCCCAAAUAGUGCAGGAGAAGCAUCGUCCCCUCCCACACCCUCGGGAAAGAGCAAGAAAUCGAGAAACAAGAAACGCAAUGGCAAGAAGUCGCCCGUCCGCCCAGAAUCCCCCGCCCCGUCUCGGCCACCACGGCCUACGUCGUCAGGCCAUUCCGGUGUCCCCGCAGCCCCGCCCAACAUCAAGUUGAUGCGUACGCCGCUGGAACAGGUCACUGCUUUAACCGAAUGGUUCGAGCAGGAGAUGAAGCCGAUUUGUGAGGAAUACAUUGCGAACCCGCCUAGUGAUCCAAAGAAGCGGGACUAUGAACAUAAGAAACUGGGCGAGACGAUCCUCACACAAAUCCAGAUCAAGGCAGAUGGUAUCGAGCCAGAUGGCGAUGAGAUGGCCCGCAGUGCACGCAAGGCCCUCAUCAAGGAUACGCAGGCCACCCUCAACAAGCUGGAUGCAAUUGCAAAGCUGUAA